UGUCACAUAAUAUUUCGUGAUGUUUCAGAAGAAAAAACCACUAAGAUGGGUCGCAUGCACGCUCCUGGCAAGGGUAUAUCCCAGUCUGCUCUGCCCUACAGGCGUACUGUUCCCCAGUGGAUGAAGAUGUCCAGUGAUGAGGUCAAGGAACAGAUCUUUAAACUCGCAAAGAAGGGUCUCACCCCUUCCCAGAUCGGUGUGAUCCUCAGGGAUUCCCAUGGUGUGGCCCAGGUCCGUUUCAUCACUGGAAACAAGAUCCUCAGAAUCCUGAAGUCUAAGGCCCUGGCCCCCGACCUACCAGAGGACAUGUACUUCCUCAUCAAGAAGGCUGUCUCUAUCCGUAAGCAUCUGGAGAGGAACAGGAAGGACAAGGACGCCAAGUUCAGGCUUAUUCUGGUUGAGUCCAGAAUCCAUCGUCUCGCCAGGUACUACAAGACCAAGAGCGUCCUUCCCCCUACCUGGAAGUACGAGUCCAGCACCGCCUCUACCCUGGUUGCCUAGUUUAAACAACCUUGAUGUGGUUCAAAUAUAUCUUCUGGUUUAUCCACAAUCUUGAAUAUAUUCAAUCUUCCUUCA